CAAAAGUCCACCACAGUGAAGUUUCCAAACUCCAAUUUCCUCUUUGUUGCCUUUCUUUGGAAUUCUCCUUAAACUGCUAUGACUUUUUCUUAACGCGAUUUCGCACAACUUCCUCAAACCAUCUUAUAUCAUCUUCAUUCCCUUCCAUUCUCCAACUUCAACACACGCACUCAAUUUCCUCAGGAUAAAAUUUGUAUAAAAAAGAUCAUUGUUUAUUCAAAGGUUUUCAUAGAGAAAUUGUUGUAGAAAGAGAUAGAGAGAGAAUGUUUGGUUCAAAGAAAGAUGCUAAACCUAGUUCUAAGAAUAACAACCCCUUUGAUUCUGAUGAAGAGAAAAAGGAUAACAGAAAGUAUAAGCCUUCAAGGAAAGCUUCGUCUGAGUAUAACCUAGUUCAGGGAGAAACUAAUACGAACCCGUUUGAUGACGGUGAUGUUCAUCAUGGCCGAUCUUCGUCGUCUUCUUAUGCUCCGUCAUAUGGUAAUCGGAACAUGUAUAAGAACGAUUUCCGUGAAUCUGGGGGGUUGGAGAGUCAGUCAGUCGAGGAUUUGGAGAACUAUGCUGUUUACAAGGCGGAAGAGACUACAAAAUCGGUGAACAAUAUGCGGAAGAUAGCCGAGGAGAUGCGAGAGGAGGCUUCCAAGACGUUGGUUAUGCUGCAUCAUCAAGGAGAGCAGAUUACAAGGAGUCAUGAUAUUGCUGCUGGCAUUGACCAUGACUUAAGUCGGGGAGAAAAACUUUUGGGAAGUCUUGGUGGCAUGUUCUCGAAAACAUGGAAACCAAAGAAGACCGGCACAAUAAAAGGCCCAACCAUAUUUUCCGAUGAUCCAGUCCGAAGAAGCGCCAACCACGUAGAACAACGAGAGAAGUUGGGAUUGAAUUCCGCCCCUAAAGGACAGUCAAACCCAAGGAGAGCCACUUCAGAGCCAACAAAUGCAUUUGAAAGAGUCGAGGUUGAGAAAGGGAAGCAAGAUGAUGCACUAUCUGAUAUAAGUGAUAUGUUGGGAGAACUUAAAGGCAUGGCCAUUGACAUGGGAACUGAAAUUGAUAGGCACAUCGGCGCCAUAAAUGGAUUUGAAAAAGAUACUGAGAAGUUGAACGACCGCAUGAAUGGUGCCAAUCGGCGCACUCGUCAUCUACUUGGGAAAUAGAGAUGCAUAUCAUCAUUUCAUCAGAUUGAUUCAAACUUUUGCUACUUUCCAUUAUUUGAUUGGAGAUUCCAACUUUAUAAAGAAACACUAGUUUCAAUUAAUGUAUAAUCCACUUGUGAAAAUAAGUUAUUUUCUUGAGAUAUAUUGUAUAUUGAUAUUGAUUUGGGAUUAUCCAUGAUUGUUAUCAAAAUCAUGAUUCAUGUA